AUGAUGUUUCAAAAAAUGAACAAAAAAUCGAUUUAUAUAUUAAAUCUUACACUUAAUAAAAGAUGGAUUAAUAACCAAUCUUUAAUCCCUAGACCAUCUAGAAUUGAUAGAGAGGAGAUAGAUCAAAAUAUACCUAAUUCAUCUACUAAUCCAUAUACUAAUUCAUCUACUAAACCUGAAGAAGAGAUAGAUUUUAAUACGAUCAAUACUGGUUCAAGUUCUUCUAGUAAUGUAUUACCGAUACGUUGUAAAAGAGAAGCAUCUGUUACUUUAUCUAGUGAGGAUGAUAAAAAAGCUAAAUUAUCUCAUGAUAAUAAUAAUGAGAAUGAUAACGUGAAUGAUAAUACAUCUGUUAUAAAUAGUAUUGAACCCAAUACUAGCACACCGCGUGAGAUAGUUAAUACUGAAACAUUAGAGGUAGCCUCAAAUACUACUAACAAUGUAGCAGUAACUGAACCUCAACUUGAGGCUUUAGCUGAAUCUCUAGCUAGACAUACAAAUACCCAUAACCAAAUAAAGUCUGAUAUUUUUCGGAUAAUAGAUGAUAUACAAACAUCUCUAGGUUUAUUAGAAAUGUAUCUGGAAGAUAGCCAAAUUCGUAUAGAUGAAAUACAACGGAGUAUGUAUAAUCUUAUUAGAGACCAUGAUCAUAUAGAAGCUGAUGAUGAUGUACCUGUAUUAAUGUCAGAUAAUGAUUCAGAUAGUAAUAGUUCAAUUAGCGACAAUUCAAAUAAUGAUUUUAAUCUAGAUGAGCCUAGUAUAAUACUGGCACAUCAUAGCCCUCAAGCAGAUCCAACUCCUCUGAUUAUAGGAAUGGAGCCAUUAAAUAAUGGUAUAGCAUCUAAUCUGGUUAUAUAUAAUCAUGAAAUGCGUUAUGAUCAAUUCAUACAUAACAAUUACUCUAUACAUAUGUCAGGUUUAGAUACUAUAGACUACCGUAUGUCUUAUGAGUAUUUAAUAGAUAGUUUAGAUUAUCUAGACAGACUAAUAGUUCAACACCAAACGUUGGAUGCAUUAGAAAGAGUAAUCUUACCCCUAAAUAAUGGGUUAGAUGUUCAAUCCCAAGUAGUUGAGAUAGAAAUCUCAACAAUAUUUGAAUUAUUAAGUCAAUUAUGCUAA